UGUAAACCAUAUGUUUAAAAAUAAAUAUCACAUAUUUAAUCGCCAUUAAUAAACAUGUAUAAACUAAUAAUUAUCAUCGGCAUAAUCAUGGCGAUCAAGAUGAGCAUCGGAGAUGCUAGGCAAGGCAACCACAACAAAACCAACUACUACAACAAAGAGACCAACAAAAACAACACUAAAAACAACACCAAAAACAACACCAAAAACAACACCAAAAACAACACCAAAAACAACACCAAAAACAACUACUACAACCACAACCACUACCGACUCCACGGCCAAUGGGUCCGAACCGGGAAAGUGCUUGAAAGCCAAUCAGGAGUGGAAAGAACGCGCGUCUAUGAAAGCUGUGUCGGCGGGUGCGAGUGUUUGCCCAAACACUAUGUGCUCACCGGUGACAACACCACUAACAGCGAUUGUGUGUCCGAAAGUGAAUGUCCCAAAUCUGGCCAAUCUGUGCCAACACCGACAGAAGCGACAGAUAAGCUGUUACAAGUGGCCGAUACGGCGACAGACACGGCAUCCGAACCGGGAAAGUGUCCGAAAGCCAAUCAGGUGUGGAAAGAAGAUUCGGACAAAUGUCUAAGUAAUUGCUCCAAUUGGAGGACCGGAGACAUUAACUGUAUGUCAUACCCGGGGCCGGGAUGCGAGUGCGCGCCCGACCAUUACGUGCACGACAUCACUGCCGAGUAAACAACAACAACGGAACCGACAGAUAAGCUGUUACAAGUAGCCGAUACAGAAACAGAUACGGCAACGACAACAUCAAAAACAUCAGCAAAAAAACCAAAAACAAUAAUAACAACAACACCGCAAACCACAACCACUACUGAAUCCACGGCCAACGCAACCGAACCGGUAAAGUGUGCGAAAGCCAAUCAGGUGUGGAACGAAGAGGCGUCCAUUCAUUGUCCCAUCAGUUGCUCCAAUAGACGUACGUUCGGACCCAUCAACUGCAUGGAGACCCCGGGCCCGGCGUGUGAGUGCGCGCGCGACUUCUUCAUACACGACACCACCAAAGAGUGUGUCCCCGAAGAUGACUGUCCAAAGAAAUCUGGCUGA